UCCCGUUCGCGCAUGUUCAGUUUGCCAUUGAAAACUUGGCUUCCGCUAUCGGAGAAUCACGUGGUUAAUAUAUGCGUCGCGGUGCAUUUUGGGAUAGCUUCUACUUUGACUUUGAUUCUAAAAAUUAUAGCGAACUUACUGGACAUUUUUGUGAACCAAACGGGACAUUUCUUCUUAUUGUGUGUCGAUUUCCCAGCACCGUGAAAGUUACAAGGUUACUUGUUUUCAACUUAUCCUCCCUGCCAGGUGCCGUAGUGGCUUCAAGUUUCCAAAAAUUUCAAGAUGGCUUCAUCAGUGCAGCAUGCUGAUCUGUCAGAGGGAAUCUUAAAAAAACUCAAGUCAGGGAAAGACAUCUUAGCUCCAAAGCAGAUCUUCAAUAAGCAUAUUUUUCAACUAAGUCAACUGAAAAGGAAAGGGGCAACAUCCUCAAAUAAAGAUGCACUUAGGUGGAUGAGAUGUUUAAUUCCAAGUUUUUCAGCAGAUAUUACAGAGAAAAAUCUGGACAGGCAGUGGAAGAGACUACUUAACGAAAGAGAAUCUUAUAGGAAAAAUGGCCUUCUUGAUGAAUGGAAUUUGAGACCAUACAUCCCUCCAAAUGUUCUUGGCCAGCGGUCGACAGAAAAAAAUGACUCUGUAGAUACUGUCUCUAAACGGGAAUACCUUAUCCUUGAUGAUGUCAAUAAGCAGUUAGCCAAAGAAGUUGCCCAGCUGAAAGAGGAGAGACAGUCACCCAGUAAAACCAAAAAUGCAGAACGACGGGAAAAACGACACAGUGAAAAUAUCAAGGAAUUGCGUUCAGAAAAAAAACAUCUUUCAACUGAAAAUGAGUCACUUACAGAAAAACUAGAAAAAAAUAAAUUGGCUGUAAAAAGAUUAUCAUCAGAGUCCAGCAGAUUAAAAUCAAAAGUGGCACGCUUACAAUGUGACGCAAAAGAAAACGAGCAAUGUGAAGGAUGUCAUGUACUGUCAGACAAGUUGAAAAAUAUUUUGGAGGAAAAUAAAAAGCUUAGAGAGGUUAAUGCUAAUUUGAUCGAUAGAAUUAAAGAACUUGAAAGUGAUUCUGUUCAGCUUUGUGAUGAAACAGGGGCUUAUUUGCCAAAGGUUAACAAGUGUGUCUGGGACAUUUUAGAUUGUAAUGUGGCACAUAGUCAGGUUGCUCCUGUGAUGAAGG